GUUUUUGACAUUCGGUUGUUUGGCCCUCCCCGGCACCCGUCCGACGCGCCUCUGCAUCCGCGCACCCGGAAACUGAGCAGUGCAACAAAAGCAGCGCUUUCUGCAGGCAAUAAACACCCUCAGCAUCAUGUCAGAUAAAAGUGAGCUGAAAGCUGAGCUUGAGCGAAAGAAACAGCGCUUGGCUCAGAUAAGAGAGGAGAAGAAGAGAAAGGAGGAGGAACGCAAGAAAAAAGAGGCUGAGCUGAAGAAGGAGGCCGUCCCACUGCAGGAUGAUUCAGACCUGGAGAAAAAGCGCAGGGAGGCUGAUGCUCUGCUACAGAGUAUGGGCAUCACUUCAGACGCACCUGUGGGUCCCACACCCAUGUCUCCCACGGCCAAAUCUGCAGGCACUCCGAGUGAAGCAGGGAGCCAAGACUCAGGAGAGGGUGCCACCGGGCCAAGGCGUGGUCCUCUGAAGUUGGCCAUGGUGAAGGUGACCCACGUGGAUUUCCCUCCCAAAGAGGUGGUGUCCUACACGAAGGAGACACAGACGCCCACCAUGACCGAGCAGAAAGAGGAGGAAGAUGAGGAGGAAGAGACCGCACCCCUGACGCCUGACGUCGAGGCAGAGAAAGAGAAGCCAGCAGAGAAACAAGAUGAGGAAGCGCCCCCUCAUGAGCUAACAGAGGAGGAGAAGCUGCAGAUUCUGCACUCGGAGGAGUUCAUGGAGUUCUUCGAUCACAGCACACGUUUCAUGGAGCGCGCUCUGUCCGAACACGUGGAUGUUUUCUUCGACUACAGCGGCCGUGACAUGGAGGAGAAGGAGGGUGAGAUGCAGGCUGGGACCAAACUGUCUCUAAACAGGAAGUUUGUUGAUGAUCACUGGUCCAAACAGCGGGUGGUGACCUGUCUGGAUUGGUCCCCACAGUAUCCAGAGUUGCUGGUCGCCUCUUACAACAACAACAUGGAAGCCCCGCACUUACAGCUCCCUCAGGCCACAGAGGAUGCCUACAGGAGUAGGGACAGAAUCUUGUACAAUCAGGCCAGGAACACAAUGACAAAGGAGAUUAGUGUGACUGAGAGGAGGUACUCUAAAAAGCUGAGAACCCAGUUUUCAGCAAACGACCCUGCUUCAUCUGCGGUCAUGUCUGCUGUGUUUGCAAAGUUUCACCCUAACCUGGUUGUCGGUGGCACUUAUUCAGGACAGAUCGUCCUGUGGGACAACAGAAGUAACAAACGCACUCCUGCCCAGAGGACGCCUCUCUCUGCCGCAGCACACACGCACCCAGUGUACUGUGUUAAUGUGGUUGGCACACAGAACGCUCAUAACCUCAUUAGCAUCUCUACUGAUGGAAAGAUGUGCUCCUGGAGUCUGGACAUGCUGUCUCAACCACAGGACAGUAUGGAGCUGGUGUUUAAGCAGUCUAAAUCCGUUGCGGUCACCUCCAUGUCCUUCCCUCUGGGUGACGUUAAUAACUUUGUGGUGGGAAGUGAGGAUGGAUCAGUCUACACAGCCUGUCGUCAUGGCAGUCGGGCAGGUAUCAGUGAGAUGUUUGAGGGGCAUCAUGGUCCAAUCACAGGCAUUCACUGUCACACAGCGGCAGGACCCGUAGAUUUUACUCAUCUCUUCCUGACCGCCUCAUUUGAUUGGACCGUUAAACUCUGGAGCACCAAGAAUAACAAGCCGCUGUACUCGUUUGAGGACAACUCUGAUUAUGUUUAUGAUGUUAUGUGGUCUCCGGUGCAUCCCGCUCUCUUCGCCUGUGUGGACGGACUCGGACGCGUCGACCUGUGGAACCUCAACAAUGACACAGAGGUGCCCACUGUCAGCAUGUCUGUGGACGGCAGUCCCGCUCUGAACAGGCUGCGCUGGUCUCAGUCGGGCAGAGAGAUCGCCGUGGGUGACUCAGAGGGACAAAUCCACAUUUAUGACGUCGGCGAGCAAAUCGCAGUCCCGCGAAACGACGAAUGGACCCGCUUCGUGCGGACGCUGGCGGAGAUCAACGAGAACCGUGACGAUGCUGAGGAACUGGCCACUCAGCGCCUCGCCGCUUGAUCGUCAUGGAAACCAGCAGAUCUCAGAAAGCUGGAAUCACGUCUCUCUCUGGAAAUGAAAUGAUUUCUGUGUGCUUUGAAACCUUUGAUUCUGCCUUUUGUUUGGAAUAAAAAUAUGAAGCAUGGUGCGAGAGCAGAAGCUCCUCAUCAUCAGCCCACGACCAGAAGCCUUAACAUUUGCAUGCAAAAAAACCUCAUAAUGAAUGUUUCUGUUUCUAUCCAGGUAUCUCUGAGCAUGCUAAACUCUCAGCUUAUUAUGCACAGCCAAAUAUGAACUAUCUCAUUAAACCUGUGUCUGGAUCCCCCC